AUGAUUGAUUUUCACUUCUGCCGUGCAACCUCUUACUUAGUAUAUGCAGUUCUCUUCGAGCAAGCGGAACCUUUGUCUUCUAACCUGUUUCGGCUGAAAGACGGAAGUAUAUGUACGACGGACAAGCAUGGGUACUCGACUUGCUGCGCGUCAGGUUCUUCAGUGGACCUCUUAUGUAUUCAGUCCACUUCAGUUUAGGAGAUGCCACCGCCAGCCUCUAUGCACCGGGUGCAGGUUGCUCUGUUCCUCAACCAGCAGCAAAAGUACUCUGGAGUCCACACAACACAACCAUGACCUCCAUCCUCUCUCCACGAAGCCAGUCACUCAUCUGUCCCUGAGCUCUCUGUUGGAUAUGGGAUUCACAGACUCCCAGGCAGAGCACAUAUCUGAAGCCAUUUCCAAACUCAAAGGAGGACGUGCUGCCACAAAUGCCCUGUCAACUCUCACAGAGCUGUUUAUCUUGGGCCUCAAUCCUUCUAGUGUGGUGAAACUGCUGGGAAAAUGUCCUGAACUUUACACUGUCAAAGAAUCACAGCUCCAGCAGCGCAUAGCCAACAUGCGGAAACUAGGUUUAGUUGAAGGCAGUCUUCAGAGAGUUGUGUCCUAUUACCCCCAGAUCCUGACUGUGCAUGUGAAGAAAGUAAAUCAUACGGUGGCGUUCCUCAGAGAGAAGUGCCUCUUUACUGUCCAGCAGGUGACGGACAUCCUCAGAGAUAGUCCGGCCGUAGUACUGGAAAACAUGGAUCAGCUGGAGUACAAGUUUCAGUACGUCUACUUUCGAAUGGGUGUCAAACAGGCGGCGAUGGUGAAGUCCAGGUUGUUCCGUUUCACUCUGGACGAGGUGCGCUGUCGACACUGUUUCCUGGAGCGCAGGGGUCUGUAUCAAACCCCAGACAAGAAAGGACAGACGAGCAUCCUCAACCCCGCACUGGACAGCAUCCUCAAAGUGGACCAGGACAGCUUCCUCACACGUGUGGCCAAAGCGUCAGAAGAGGAGUAUGAGGUUUUUAAGAAACUGUUGGCAAGAGAGUGCAAGGAAGAGGAGCUGCAGGGAAGAAUUGAAGCUGAUAGUGAUGAUGAUAGUGGUGAUGAUGAUGAUGAUGAUGAUGAAGAUGAUGAGGAGACUGAAGGGAGAAGUGGGUACAAUAAGAGGAGAAAGAAAUGACUUUGACAAUGUGAGAGGGACUGAGUGAACUUAUUGAAAGAGGAAAUUACAUGAUCAUGGGAGUGAUGAUGGUGAUAAAUGAAACAAUAAACUGUGUCAUAUUA